AUGCUUAAAUCAAUUCUCGCCGCGUCUCUAGUUGUGGCCGUUUCGGCUCAUCAAAAUCUCCAUCAGUUCUGGGUCAACGGCGUUUCUCCUGGCUACGAGAUUGGAAUACGCCGUCCUCCUAGUAACAACCCAGUGACCGAUGUAAAGAGUAACGAUAUCGUGUGUAACGUCGGAGGCGACAAGGUGCCCUCAGGGGUGCAGACCGUCCCCGCGCGUGCGGGCGACAAGAUUACAGUUGGUUGGGAUCCAUCGGGUCAUCCUGGUCCUAUCACCCAUUUCUUGUACGGCCCUGUUGAUGAUGCUUCAAAAGCAACGGGGGUGGGAAGUGGAUGGUCCAAGAUUGAUGAACGUGACUAUGUAGAUGGGCACUGGGCAAACGAGGUCGUGCAAAGUGCUGGUGGAAACUACACUUUUGCCUUGCCCAGUAAACUGAAGAGCGGUGAUUAUCUGCUACGGUCUGAAAUGUUGGCGCUACAUGGAGCGCAGACAGUGGGAGGUGCCCAGUUUUAUAUAGGCUGCAUGCAAUUGAAGAUUACUGGAAGUGGAGGGAAAUGCUCGCCGACCAUCUCCUUACCUGGGGCAUAUAACGCCGAGGACAAGAACAUAUAUAUACCCAAUGUAUAUAACGGCUUCGAUCCUACAACUUACACUGCGCCGGGAGGUUCUGUCGCAUCUUGUAAGUAA